AUGGACUCGACCGAGGACUACAAGAAGACGCGCGAGUCGUUUGGCGUCUUUUCUUGGGCGACAAAAGCCGUUGUGGUCGGUCAUCAGUCGGCAGCAGUCUUGGGUGCCGUUUUGCUCGUUUGCUGUCGUAAAGUGUUCGUUCGGAAGAGAAGGCGUUCGUUUCAGGUUUGCAAGAAGGCGUUUGUUUUUUGUGUCGCAAGAAUUUGUUUCUCCUCCCCACCUGCGUUUUCUCGCACAACUCCCCUGGAGCCAUCUUUUGUAUUCCAACUCUGCACUUAUAUUUCUUUCUUUUUCUCUCUUCCUCUCUCUCUCUCAUCUACUCCCAUACUAAACUGCUAUCUUUCUAUUUACUUUUACCAACUUCGCUUUCAUCGUUCUCUCGCUCCCCCUCCAACACUUUCUUUGACUCUCUCCCUCUUUUUAUCAUCAGAUUUACCGCCUUUCUUGUUUGAUAGGUUUUCGCAAACCACAAGCCAAUACAAAUCAUACUUGAAUGGACACCGGCCACAUAAAGAUCACCACGGUCAAAAUCAGCGAUGA